AAGUAUCACUAGUCACUACUGGACUACAAGGCCCUGCAGAUUCAGAACCACAACCCCAUCUCUUGAAGAAGUAGGAACCAAAGGAAGACUAGCUUGAGAGAUUAACAGAUGAAGCAAAUGGAUGUGGACUGUAAGGUGGGUGGCGUGAAGACACCAACGCCAAUGGGUUGUCCGCUGCCGCCACCGCCACCACCACCACCACCACUGCCGCCGCUGCCAAGAUCAUGGGCAGCAAUUAAACCAGCUGGAAAGACUAGUAGUGUAGAGAGCGUGACGAAGCAGGAAAUCGCCAGGUUCUGGAUGCAGAAGCGUAUGAAGGAAGAGGAUCACCUCUUAUCUGCUCUCAAGGCUGCCGCUAUUAUCAGAGCCCGUAAUCUUACCGAGGAAGACUACAAACUCUUUGAGAAGUCGCUGAAGGAUGACACUACCAACGCCGAGAAGGAAGACGAAGGGGAUAAUAUAAGUAGUGCUGCUAAUAAGGAGAGAGAAGUUCGCGUAGGAAUCAAAGACUGGUGGACCAAGAGCAAGUAUGCCUAUCUCAACCAACCAGCCAUUGAGCGUAUGGCGAAGCAGAAACGCUCAACUUAUAUUCCCCAUAACUUUUGCUUUUACAAGAGCCCUUCACCUACCACCCCUGCUGGUCCCUGCAUCACUUUUGGGGUCUUUUAGACUGUAGAGAUUGUUUUGAGUUUGCUUAAUUAUGAUGGUCAGGGAACCAACCAGCUUGUGUCUCUUUUGUUUUUGUGGGCUUCAAUUUCUAUUUUUUUUUUCCCCCUCCCACUCUAUACGGUUUUGUAGGUAAGGUAAGAUGUUGUCUUUAUGUAUACAUGAUUAUUGUAAUUGAAAAAAUAAAUAUACUGUAAAUAAGACAUUUAUGUGUA